GAACGUCCGCACUUUAGUUAGGUUAGGUUAAAGAUUGAGCGUUUGUCAAAUAAAUAAACAACAUUCGUACUUCCUCAACUGGGAAAUAAUGGAAAAACUGCAUUUGCUGACCGUGCUAAUGCUAGUGGCAGUUUUGGUGCAUUGCAAGAAGCCCGAGGAAAAGCCAGAAUGGGCCAAAAAGGACAUCAGAGACUUUACUGAUGCCGAUAUGGAACGGUUACUGGAUCAAUGGGAGGAGGAUGAGGAGCCUUUGGAGCCAGAUGAACUUCCAGAGCAUUUGAGGCCCAUGCCCAAAAUCGAUAUGAGUAAACUGACCAAGGAUAAUCCCGAAGAAAUACUGAAGAUGACGAAGAAAGGUCGCACGCUGAUGACAUUUGUCCAAGUGGCCGGACAUCCAUCCAAAGAUGAGACUGAAGAAAUUACUAAAUUGUGGCAAACUAGUUUAUGGAACAGUCACAUACAAGCUGAAAGAUAUUUGGUCGACGAUAAUCGGGCGAUAUUCCUGUUCAAAGAUGGGGAACAAGCGUGGAGCGCCAAGGAAUAUCUCAUUGAGCAAGAACAGUGCGAAAGUGUUACAAUAGAAAGCAAAGUGUAUCCGGGAAAGCAUCAUCCACGAGCUGGAACCGUCGAAAGGACAGAACUUUAGAUUAGAAAAACAAUUUCAAAACUAUUUAUCCUUAUUGUGCAACUACAUUUUUUUCAAAUGUGGGUUUUUUUUCAACAAUUUUUUUGCGUUUAUUUACUGGAUUUUCAUUGAAAAAUAAAAUUUAUUUCAGUAA